AAAACGAAUGCGCUUACCAGGACGGCCCACAUCCCAGUGUCUCCGCCCCUCCAUCCUUGCGAAGCUUCAGACAUGCUUCAGACACGCUAACCAUGUGCAGACGGGCAUCCUACCCCGGGGACCUGCCGCAGAUCUCGGUGGUCUUCAUCUUCGUCAACGAGGCCCUGUCGGUCAUCCUGCGCUCGGUGCACAGCGUGGUCAACCACACGCCCUCCCAGCUCCUCAAGGAGGUCGUCCUGGUGGACGACAACAGCGACAAUGCGGAGCUCAAGGCCACUCUGGACCAGUACGUGAGCAGCAGGUACCCCGGGCUAGUGAAGGUCGUGCGCAACAGCAGGAGGGAAGGCUUGAUCCGGGCGCGGCUGCAGGGCUGGAAGGUGGCCACGGCCCCUGUCGUCGGCUUCUUUGAUGCCCACGUGGAGUUCAACACGGGCUGGGCCGAGCCUGCGCUCGCGCGGAUCCGGGAGGACCGGCGGCGCAUCGUCCUGCCGGCCAUCGACAACAUCAAGUACGACACGUUCGAGGUGCAGCAAUACGCCAGCGCUGCACAUGGCUACAACUGGGGGCUCUGGUGCAUGUACAUCGUCCCGCCCCAGGACUGGCUGGACCGCGGUGACGAGGCGGCGCCCAUCAGGACCCCUGCCAUGAUCGGCUGCUCAUUCGUGGUGGACCGGGAGUACUUUGGGGACAUCGGCCUGCUGGACCCAGGCAUGGAGGUGUACGGCGGCGAGAACAUUGAACUGGGCAUGAGGGUGUGGCAGUGCGGCGGCAGCAUGGAGGUCUUGCCCUGCUCACGCGUGGCCCACAUCGAGCGCACCAGAAAGCCCUACAGCGGCGACAUCGACUACUACGCCAGGCGCAAUGCUCUGCGGGCCGCCGAGGUCUGGAUGGACGGCUUCAAGUCCCACGUGUACAUGGCCUGGAACAUCCCCAUGACCAACCCAGGCGUGGACUUCGGGGACGUGUCCGAGAGGCUGGCCCUGCGCCGGAGACUGAAGUGCCGCAGCUUCAAGUGGUACCUGGACAAUGUGUAUCCGGAGAUGAGGGUCUACAAUGACACCCUCACAUACGGAGAGGUGAGGAACAGCAAGGCCAGUGGCUACUGCCUGGACCAGGGAGCUGAGGACGAUGACCAAGCCAUCCUCUACCCCUGUCACGGGAUGUCCUCCCAGCUGGUGAGGUACAGUGCCGAGGGCCUCCUGCAGCUGGGGCCCCUGGGGUCCACGGCCUUCCUGCCCGACUCCAGGUGUCUGGUAGACAGCGGGGGCCGCACGCCCACCCUGAGGAAGUGCGAGGACGUGGCCAGGCCCACGCAGCGACUGUGGGACUUCACCCAGAGUGGCCCCAUCGUGAGCCGGGACACGGGCCGGUGCCUGGAACUGGAGCUGUCGAAGGGUGCCAGCUUUGGGCUGCGGCUGGUACUGCAGAGGUGCUCGGGGCAGAAGUGGAUGAUCAGAAACUGGAUCCGGCCCGGGCGGCACUGAGCUCCACCAGAGGAGACCUGGGACUCAGGCGGGCCACUGAGCCAGCCACCCACGGACCAAGAGCAGUCCUGCACCACGGGGCAGGCUGUCUGUGGAGCCUGGCGCCCACGCACUGGCCGGUCAGGGGAAGGACUCUCAGAGCCAGUGACUUCCGGAGGGAGGAGCCUGAGGACUCAGCGCCACCACGAACCACGUGCCUUUUCUACGGCGUCUCCUGUCGGGGCUGCUAGGAAGGUGCCUCCUCUGCAUGUGCCAAGGCCCUGGGUACUCCCACGAGGCUGGGCCCACCGUGCAGCGUGCGAGCCGGGUGCCCACAGCCGUCCUGAGCAGGCGGCCGUCCUGGCCCCCCCUCUGCCCAAGUCACCAAGAGAGCAGCCAUCCUGGUCUGCUGGGAGGGGACAGACGGGUGGCACGGUGUCUAGACAAGACCCAGGCGUGGAGAGGGCUGGCCUUGUCGCUCGGCAGAGCCGACGCAGAGCCUUCUCUGGCCCGCUGCCCACUGAGCUGGCCCGGCCCUGCCCGCCCAGCUGGCCCUCCUGGCGGCGCCCUGCCAUCCUCAGGGCCCAGUUUCAUAAAUGAAGUUCAUGGGCCACAGUGCCCAUCCCGCUGUGCUGUCCAGGUGCCUCUGUGGGACUGGCUGAGCCGGGGUGUCGCCAUCCAGGGGGAUCUGCCAGCCCAGGGACCCUGGAGUCCUGGCUGGCAUAUGGGGCAGGGGUGAGGGCUGCAAGGGAGAGAGACUGGAAAUGUCUCUGUGGGGCCAUGGGGCCAAGCAGGGUCUCCAAGCUGGCGGAAGGAGAGCAGAGACAGCUGCUUCCGCCCAGCCAGGCCACCUUGCAGCGUCCUCCCCUGGGCACCACCCUGGGCACCGCCACAGGGCAACACUGCCGUGGCUCAGCCGGGCUGCAGCCUCCACGCCGUGGUCCCCACUGGCCAGCUUGGGCACAUCGGUGUAUGGUGAUGGCAGCUUCCAUCCUAGAGCACCCACCCCUCACAGACGCAGCCACAGGCGUCCCUACCAGUUACUCACAACUGCUCCCUGCUGCCCCCUGCUGCUGCUGGCUGUUGCCCCCUGCUGCUCCCUGUUGCCCCCUGCUACUCCUUGAUGCUCACUGCUGCCCCUUGAUGCUCCCUACUCACUGCUGCCCCCUGUUGUCCCUUGAUGCUCCCUGCUGCUCACUGCUCCCUGCUGCCCCCUGCUGCUCACUGCUGCCCCGUUGCCCCCUGUUGCUCACUGCUGCCCCCUGCUGGGUCCAAGGGAGGUCAAAGGUGGCACUGUCAGGGCCCAGGACACGGGGUCUCCUCUAGGGCCAGCCAAGGAGAGACCCUGCUCAGUCAGCCUCUGCGUCAGGGACAGGAGCACCCGGCUCCUUUCCCCAUCCUCCACAUCCUCCCAUGUCUCCUCGUGCCUGAGCCCACCUGGAGGCUGGAGGCUGGACAUGGCGGAAGUGCAGCUCUCCCGUUGCGGGGAAGGAGAGAGAAACGGGAGCAGGUGCAUCCUGGGCCCAGGGCCUCCUUCCUUGGCAGAAGCUAAGGCUGCAGCAUCACCCUCCCUCUCGGGCUUGGAGCAGCAAGUCCCCUCCUGGGGCCACCCCAGGUCUCCUGGGGCAGAUCAGGCCUGGCCUGUCUUGUCCAGCCCCACAUCUGCUUUACGUUUCAGGAACUUGUGAGGCGGCUGAGACAGCCGGGGUUAAAGCAGGGGUACAGAGACAGCCGUCACCCUGUGCCCGCAGCAGGGACGCAUGGCCCUUCCCCUCAGCCACUCAUGUGCUGGCCCGCAUCCGAGGCUGCUCAUCCGUGGUCUGUGUGGCAGGGCUCUACUCGCUGCUGCUGCCUCCCUUGAUGGCAGGCUGGAGGCCUGAACCUGUCCUGGAGGGUCCAGACUGGCACCUGGCGGAUCUGCCAACCAGGGCUGUGCUCUGUGGAGCCAGGUGUGGGUGCCAAUCAGCCUGGUUCUCCCAGAAACCGUCAGCCGGCCUCCCCCGGCCACGCUCCACUGAGACAGGACACGCAAGGCUCCCCAGAGCAGGGCGGCCUCCCCCCUGCGACGGCCGCCCCACCUCUUGGGGAAGGGUUGCAACCAUCCUCCUAGAGGAGGAGCAGACGGAGGGUGUGGGGAGCAGGAGGGAAGAAGGGUUUGAUUUGGUCCCAUUUAACUCUCCAAAUACCCUGAGCACCCAGGUCCACUUUAGGGGCAGAGUGGGGACAGUUCUGGGCAGGUGUGCGUGCACUGCUCAAGGUCGGACCCUCGAGGUCAUGCCCAGACCUGGCCAUUCAGCAUCCUGGUUUUAAACAGCAAUGCAUGUGCUAUGGCAGAGGGACACACAGGUGGGACUGGCGAGACUAAUGGCAAGCCAGUGUCUCUCACCAACUCGGCCAUGAGUCAGCUUCUUGGCAAAUUCAGCAAAGGCACCCCGAAACCCACCCUGCUGGUUGCUAGGGAAGGCCGUGAGGAGGGGGUGCCUGAGGGCAGGCAGGGCGCUCAGGCUGUGGCCUCCCCCCCCCUCUUCAUCACUGCCCCGGUGUCUCUUCACAGCUCCAUUUGCCUCGGAGCGUGGACCGUGGGAUGGUCCGGGGAGUGGUUGGGGAAUAGGGUGGCCCCCAUGGACCCUGCUGGGAUGUGGGGCUGCUGGCACCCACUGGGACCUGACAGCUCCAGGAAUGGGGGUGUCUGGGAGAAGCUUCUCAUCUCCACCUUCAGCAGAUUCAGCAGACUGGAGCAGACAGAAUGGGCAAGUCUGAGGGCACGAGGCACCUCUGCAGGGCAGCAGCCAGCCCUGGGUGACUGGCAGCCCCGUGGGUGAUCCCCAGCACUGCAGUGCACAGGGUGGUGUGCUGAAAGCUCGGGCUGCUGCAUGGGUCUGGGGCUCACGGGGAGAGCAUCCCAGGAGCUCAGGGAUCUGAGUAGAGUGGAAGGAAAGCAUGACCGGAGGGUGCGUCCUGCAGCCAGGGCCCCCGAGCUGCCGAGAUGGGGGAGCGCCAACGUCCCCAAAGCUGCACUGGCGGGAACUGGGAAGGGCAAGGCUCCCAUAGCCCGGGUGACGGCUGCUCCCUGGCACCCAGGGCAGUCAGACCGCAGGUCGGGAGUGUGCUGGCGACAGCUCAGGGUGAACUCGGCCAGGAGCCUGUCUGAUGCUGGUUCUUAGAAGGGCCAGUGGCCCUUGGGAUCAAGCGCGUGCCUGGACCGAUGCAGCUGGCAGAGGCCUUGGGCGGCCUGGCCGAGGGGCCCCGCCUGCGGCUGACUCCCACUGGCUGUCACCGACCUCCUGCUCCCCAGGUGGGCAGGAUGGUGCCACCCUGGACUGUGGGGGCCAGGGCGCCCAGAGUGGAGAGACCCAGGUGGUAACUGCCACAGGGUUUCCUGUCCCUGCAUGGGAGGCUGGUUUGCACCCUGGUGUCCCCUCAACACCGAAGAGCAGGCCGAGCCGACACCCGAGGGAGCGAGUCCUGGUGCUUCUGUUAGAACUUGCCCUCGAGCAUUGACUGGGAUGAAGGAAAAGAAAUUUAAUUUGAAAUCAGUUCCAGUAUGGCUUCUGAAAGGAUCAACUUCAACCGUCUGCGCUCAGCGAACACCAUGGGACCCCCAAGUCACUCCGUGGGUCCCCCAACUGGGCUGGGGAAGGACAGCGGCCUGCUGGCCCCAUCCUCAGCAGGGGGGGCACAAAGCCUCAGGACAAGUCGGAGGCCCUCCACCAUGGGCCUUCUGGGAGAGGGACUUGGGGAGGACUGAAGGGCCACUCUGAGGAGCUGAGGUCCUUCCAGCCAGUCCUGCUCAGAGGUCCAGAUGUCCAGAGGCCGAGAUGCCCACGAGGCGGGUGGGCCCUGCCCCGCCCUCGGCACGUCCUUUAUCAGAGCCCUCUGUGGGGGCCGUGCCUCUGGGAGCCAGAGGUGCAGCAGCAGGGCUGACUGUACUCCCUGCUCUGGGAGCCGUGCAGCUGGCCACGCCUGUGGGCAAAUCCACGGCCUCGCCGUGUGCAGAGCAGGCGGCGAUGUGGUCUGGCUUUCAGCGGCGAGCUCCCUGGGCUAACCUCGGCCACCAUCGGCACAUCUUUCCCAGGACGGUCCUGUGGCCCCCACGGCUGGCCAGGGACCGGCCUUGAACCCUGGCUCAUGGCAGUGUCGCCGAGACACCAGAGAGGUCAUCACGCCACAUGGAAGGAGGGGUGAGAGCAGGGCCACGGUGCCGGGCGGGACCGCACGUCGGCGAGGGCAGCCAGGGGUCUCGGUGGCCCCUCGCUGCCUGGCCUAGCAGGCUCAGACCCCCUUAGACUGCAGGACCAUCAGGCUGCAGGGAGCCACCCCUCCCCACCACAGCCAGCCACAACUGUGUCUGGAAAGGGAUUCGACAGACCUCCCCGCCUCCAACCGGCCCAAAGGUGACUGUCCCCACCACCGAGCACAAGAACACUGUGCGGGAGGGCCCUGGGUCGGCCACAGUCCUGGCAUGCCGUCCCACCCAUGCUGGGAAGCUCGCGUCCUGCCCACGGUGGCUUUCAAAGCCUGGCAGCAGUGUGGACCCUGCGAGACACCACCAGAACACAGGCUGCACAGCCGUGCCGUGGCUCAGAUGACACGGCUGCCCUCCUGGGAGACGCCAGGUGCCAUCUGAUGCAUUUCGAGUCCCACAGGUACGAGGGGUCUUAGGAAGCUGCUGGGGAAUUCGUGCACAGAAACGAGGCUGUCCAGCUGCGAGCUGGCCCCCAGCCGCAGCGUGGACCGUCUCGGGAGACGCCGAGUGGCCUCUACGCUUCUGCAGUCAUUGCUAGGAACCAUCAGAUGUCUGCACGCCCCUCGUCCCGAGUGCGUCCACACCCUGCCAACAUUCCCUGCCACCUGCGGGACCAUGGUCAUGGCUGCCCACCCGACGUUCCCCACCACCUGUGUGGCUGUGGUCGCUUGCCUGACGGCCACACACACCUCCUGGGGGCCACAGCAGGAGAGAGACAGGGACAGAGAAAGGGGGAACAAGAGGACCACAGACGGUAUGGUGGUUAUGGUGCUGGACUCCCACGUGGUUGACUGCAGUUUGAGCCCUGGACUUGGCUGCUUGAAACUCAAGAGAAGAAAAUGGAGUGGGGUGUGCAGCAAGGCCAUACCCCAAGGGGGAGAUAUUGCCUUCUGUCUCUGUCUCUCUGGCAAGCAUGCACCUAUAGCAAAUCUCUCUCUUAAAAAGGG